AAUAAAACUAAAUUUUUAUUCAUGCACAAAUAGGCAGGAAUUAGAGCGUUAAGGACGCAAAUUUUCUAGAAAUCGACUAUAUAUAGUAUAUUUUUGUGUCCAUUGUUUUAUUUUUUAAAUUAACUAUGUUUAAAAAUUUACAUAUUUAAAAUAACAUAUUUUUAAAUAAUUUUCUUAUUUAACAAUGCCGCCUUAACAAAUUUUUAUUUAUGAAAUUAUUUAUCGAUAGUUCUCUUCACUGUAACAAUUUUAACUAAGUUGGCAGCCACUAUUUCGAUAACAGUUCGUGGAAAUUCAAUAGCAAAACAAUUUUUUGCCAGUUUUUAGACUAAUUGGGCCACAAACAUGUCGCUAACUAUGCGAAUUUUCACCGCAUCGCGCAAUGGUCAGCGCAUGUUUGGCACCCACGGCGCCAGGAUGCUGGCUGCUCAAAAGGCGGAACCGAAAGAUAUCGUACCAGUACCCCAGGGAUACGUCUACGUAAACAAUAAGGAGCAGAGCAUGGAGUUUGCGGAUAUUACUGAUCGUGCCGCCACUACGAUGUUCUUCGGGGAGCUCUUCCGCGGUUUCGCAGUCACCCUGGCACACAUCUUCAAGGAGCCGGCCACCAUCAACUAUCCCUUCGAAAAGGGACCUCUCAGCCCGCGUUUCCGUGGCGAACACGCUCUGCGGCGCUAUCCCAGUGGCGAGGAGCGGUGCAUCGCUUGCAAGCUGUGUGAGGCCAUCUGCCCGGCACAGGCUAUUACCAUUGAGGCAGAGGAACGCGCUGACGGAAGCAGGCGAACCACCCGCUACGAUAUCGACAUGACCAAGUGUAUCUACUGCGGUUUCUGUCAGGAGGCUUGCCCAGUUGACGCCAUCGUGGAAGGACCUAACUUUGAAUUCUCCACGGAGACGCACGAGGAGUUGCUUUACAACAAGGAAAAGCUGCUCUGCAAUGGCGACAAGUGGGAGUCCGAAAUUGCCUCUAACCUGCAGGCCGAUCAUCUCUAUCGUUAAUUUUGGUUGUACCUUUUAGAUUUUCUUGUUUAGAACGAUUUUCCAAUUAAAGAUCGUUGCCGUGGCUGCGUCUUAA